GUAACCGAUCAUUAAUGAAUCAUGAGCAAAGACUAUUUUUUUACAGAUACGUCAAGAGAAACACAUUUUUGACGCUAAAAUUAUCCAAAUAUCGUAUUAUUAUAAUUCUUAGAAUUAUAACAACAAUUUGCUGCAUUUUGUAAUAUUACAAAUAAAUAGUAAGUAGGUCUAAUUAAUUCUAAUUUAUUUAGAAUUUAUAAUUUAAUUAGUAAAUUAGGUAGAAAAAAAGAGUAGAGUCUAAAACUAAAUAAUACUAAGCCUGGAGGUACUUGUGGGAAAAUAUUCAAAAUUAUAAAGUUAUAGCUUUAAGAGCUAGUUGGUUACAAAGAGGGCCUAAAAAAUGCAAUUCAGAAUUCAUUGAUACCAAAGAAAUGAAUAGGCCAUAGUAUAGUCAUAGUGGUAGGUCAAUUCUAAUACUAAUACUAAUAAAAAAAGUAGCUUUUUUUCUGAAUUAUUUAGGUAAAACUGUGUGUGUUAGUAAUUAAGACAUAUAUCAUAAUAUAUGAUAUAUGAAUGAAAAUAUAAAAGUGAGCAAAAUGAAAAAAACGGACAAAGUUGAGAUAGAUGUUAUCAAGAGCAGUAAAUUGAGGUUAUUUGAGGAAUUAGAGAAGAUAGCCAUUACAAACCAUAUAAUCUUGAUAAACUCCACCAUGGCAGAUCCUAAGACCAGGUGAAAAAUGAGGAGGGUUGGCAUGAGGCCAGCCACCUCACCUGUUAAUAACAAACUGCUAAAGAAACAUCAGCAAGAAAAGCAAUUUUAGCCCUGAUAAGAGAGGGUUCUUCUUCCCCAAGAAGACUUUUGAAACCUUGUGGCUAAAGCCAGGUUAUACUGGAAGCCUCAAAGCCAAGGACCCUCCUUUCAAAGGCAAUUAACAUAGACUAGUGCAGUGGUCGGAAAAUCCAAUGCGGGCCUUUUUAGUGACCUGAGUGCGGCUUGGCCAGCCGGCCACAAAUCCUUUGUGACUCCAUUAAACAUGGUUCUUGACAGUUUCUUGGAAAGAAAUUUGGAUCUCAAAUUUCUUUUAUCGUUCUGCUGUUGAUUUUUGGCUCGUUUGACUAAUGAGUUUGCCGACCACUAGGAUAGUGGAAUAUUAGAACCAUGUAUGAAACAGGGAAAUCAGCACAAGUGGUGGCAGAAAUGAGAACAUACAAACUCACACUGAAACAAGAUGGACACAAGCUAGACAAUGAACUUUGGUCUCAGGAGAAACACUGAUAUACUCAGGGCAUGAGGAGGAAAAUGCUCCACACACACAAGGAGUCGCUUUCAUGAUAACACAGAUGGCACAAGAGGCAUUGAUAUGAUGGGAAGCUUAUAUUCUAAGAAUUAAUACAGCAACUUACUGAACCAAGCAGAAGAAAAUAAAUAUGAAUGUAAUACAGUGCUGUGCACCCACCAACGAUAGUAAGGAAGACAAAAAAAGAAGUUCUCUGCACUACUGACAAAAAACUACAAACAAUACUGGAAAAUUUUAUAGGUAGAGAUCUAAAUAUCUUAAUGGGAGAUCUAAAUGCUAAGGAUGGAAAAAAAACAGUGGAUACGAAGAAAUUAUGGGGCACCAUGGUAUAGGAGAUAGGAAUGAGAACAGUGAAAGACUGGCAGACUUCUGCACAACAAAUGAGCUCGUUAUUGGGGUCAGCAAAUUCCACCAUAAGAAUAUCCACAAGGUAACUUGACAGUAAAACACAAAACCAAAUUUAUCAAAUAUGUAUUAGCAAAAAAUUUAGAAGGUCUCUACAAGAUGUAUGAGCAAAAAAGAGGAGUCAAUGUCACAUCUGAUCACCAUCUUGUUUGGGCAAGACUCAAGCUAAAACUGAAGAAAACUGAAGAGCCAGCUGCUAAAUGACUAAAAUUCAACAUAGCACUUCUAGCAAAUGAGCAGAAAUGAGAGGAAUUCAGUGCUACCUUGAGAAAUAAUUUCCAGGCACUGCAAGACCAAAUAGAUGAUGACCAGAUAGAAUAUAAAUUGCGAAACAUAAAGAUGUCUGUAAAAUCCACUUGCAAAGAGGUUUUAGGACCUUGAAGCAAAAACACAAAGAUUGGCUCUCACUUAACACGCUGCAAAAAAUAAAAGACAGAAAAGAAAUGAAGAUUGUAGUUAACAGCAGCUGCACCAGAGUGGAGAAAACAAAACCACAAGUGAAAUAUAAAGGAGCAAAUCAAAUUGUAAAAAAACAGCAUAAAAAAGAUAAUAAUGCUUACAUAGAUGGUCUAACAUCAACAGCAGAAGAAGCAACCAUGGUCAACAUGCUGUACUCUCUGUUUGAAAAGAUAUGGGAAGAAGAGAGAGUCCCAAAAGAUAUGAAAGAAGGAUACCUCAUUAAGAUACCAAGGAAAGGAUAUCUCAGCAACUGUGCAAACUACAGAGGAAUUACACUUCUGUCUUUACUAGGAAAGGUCUUUAACAGAAUUAUUUUCAAUAGAAUGAAAGGUCAACACGCUGCGACAAGAUCAACAUGCAUGUCCCCUUUCCUAUUCAUCCUUGCCGUUUAAUGGAUAAUAAAAAAAAUUUCAGACAAAUCGAGGAAUGAGAUACAGAGAACACUCUGGGAACAACUGAAUGGCCUAGACUUUGCAGAUGGCAUUGUACUUCUAUUCCACAGCUAGCAACAAAUGCAGGAAAAGACUAAUGAUGUAGCCACCAUUUUAGCACCAUGUAUGUCUCAGUGAUUAAUGUAUGCCUCAGUGAUUAAUUUUUGCCUCAGUGAUUAAUGUAUGCCUCAGGGAUUAAUGUAUGUCUUACUGAUUAAUGUAUGCCUCAGUGAUUGAUGUAUGCCUCAGUGAUUAAUGUAUGCCUCAGUGAUUAAUGUAUGCCUCAGUCAUUGAUGUAUUCCUCAGUAAUUAAUGUGAACCUCAGUGAUUAUUGUAUGCCAAGCAUUAGUCAAGGUUAAAAAAAAGGAUGAAUUAAUGUUAUUUGUUUAUGCUUGGUGUCUCAAUACAUUUCCUGUGGAAGUUAUUCACUUAUUUUUAUUACACUUGUAAAAUAAUUAAAGUUUUUAAAAUGUUUCCUUUUAUUUUGGUGCUAUAGAAUUUUUCUUUGAGGAUUACUAACUCAUUAAAGGAAUCAUGGAGUCGAUUGAGCAACCAUUUGACAGCAUAACACGUAUAGGACAAGAUAUGCCUGAUACUCGUAAGUGUAUACAUUGAUAGCUCAUUUGGCUUAUUACAAGUUUAUUCGUAUAUAAGCUUAAAAGAAUAAUGAUAAGAGCUUAACAUCAUAAUAAUAAAAUUUUAUGUACAAGGAUAAAUUGUUCACUGGUUUAUAAUAAAGUUUAUUUCCAUUUUUUUUAGAGAAUAGAAGCUGCACAAAUGAUACUUAAAACUUGUCAGUUACAAUUUAAUUGUAGAUUCAGUACUUAUGCUGUUGAAAAGAUAACAUAAUUUGUAACUGGCUGUUACUCAAAAAAAAAUAUUUAAAAAAAUUAAUUAUUAAAGAAGGAAACUUAUUAAGAUCCUACUUAAUUGUUUAUUAUACAAGUCUUGUGUGGUUUAAUUUUUUUUUUUAAAUGUAUGUAUUUAAUAUAAUUAUUUAAUAUAAUUAUUUUUUUUUACAGAUGACAAGACUGGCCUCAUUGAUACAGAUGGGCCUUUGAAACAUGUCAGUAAUGGUGACAGCCCAGGAGCAGAGUGCUCUCCCCUUCAUCAACUGAAAACCACCAACAGUAUAUUGUGAGUCAGUUUUAAAUCAUGCCUGACCCUUGGUCUAGAACUAGGAGGAUCCAAUUAAAACACAUUUGUGAUAUCUUUGGUUCUAAUUCUCAUACUCAUAUAUGAAAAUUAUUUCAUUGGUAAUGUAGUGCAUGACAUGGUAUGUGAAAAGGCUGAAGGAUCCUUGUUUUCAUUUGUUUUAUUAAAUUUACAACAUCAAGUGAAUGGAUUGAAUGAAAUCUAGUCACAUACCACUCAUUUAAUGUGCACAAGUUUUAUAUAAUUUUUUAUUUUUAAAAUCCAAAUAGGUAUGGUCCACAAAACAGAGGGCUGCGUAUGAUAAUAAUAACAGCUAUAGUAUUUGCUGUUGCCAUAACUGUGGCUCUGGUGUUGACCAUUUAUCUAGAGCCUAAGCAGGUAUUAACAUUUAUACAGUAUCAACAGUCAAGGUGCAUAAAUCUCCUUCAAUGUUCUUAAUAUAGAUUUUUUAAAAUCAAGUGUGCAUCAAAACGUUUUGCAAUUUCAUCUUAAGUGUUUUCACAUUAAAAGUUGGUAAAUAAAAAUAUAAACUAAUGGUACUAUACAUUAAACAAAAACUAGCUGCUCUAUGCUUGGGGGUCUUAGGUUAACUGUUAUGAUAUUACGUAAGCUGUAAAAUGAUAAAAGGGUUUUCAGCUCUUGAAAAAAAAAAAAAUUUGACCAAGGUUUUACGUCAGUUCAUUUUUAAGCAGGUCAUGGAAUGUUUUUUUUUAGUUUUACAGUGUUUUACAUGCUGCACAGAUUGUAAGUGUUGAUUGAUUGUGAUACUUCUGUCUGAUGACAACUUCUAAGCAAUAGGUUUAAUUUUGAUAUGCCCAGUUUCAUGGUCACGCUGCGGUUGCCUGUGAUGAUGUUCGCUGUAGUGAGAUAGGCUUGCAGGUGUUAAAAGACGGAGGAAAUGCUGUGGAUGCCACUGUGGCUGCUGCAUUCUGUCUUGUAGUUGUCAACCCUGCACAUGCUGGUAUUGGAGGGUAGGAGAUUUUAUCUAACUCGUAGUAAUUCUUUAAAUCAUUAGCUCCUUAUUUACUAUCAUGCCAUUACAAGUAAGACAGAACUUUACUUUGCCAGUCCCAUCCAUAUUGAGUUUUUUUAAAUUAGAAGACUAUUAUUAGCUUUGAACCACAUGAAGAAACCAUCUUUGUUGCUAUAUUGAUGUCAAAUUUUCAUUGUAGUCAAGUCUGGCAAAAAUUCCCGCAUUUACCUUCACGUGGUUGAAAACUGUACAAGACAUUCUCAAUUAUGAAAUUUGCCUGCAUCUGCAAAUACAAAAUAAGCCAGAAAUUAAUUUUCUUGCUUUAUUUAUCCGAACACAAAAUAAAAACUCUGGAUUUUGAAGAAAAAAACCAGAAAAUUUCCUACAAAUCUCAAAUCAGACUUUCAGUGUUGCAAUGGCCUUGACAUUGUAUCACUAAAAGUCAUAUUUGGCAAUAACAAUAGAUUCUUUCUUUAAUCUUAACUUUCCUAGAGGGGGCUUUGCUCUUGUUCAUGACCACAAAUUCAAAAAGUCUUUGGGGUACAACUUCAGAGAGAGAGCACCAUUUAAACUUAACCCUGAACAAGUUUCAAACACAGAUUUUGGAUCGGUGAGUUUGAAACAUGGCCAACAUAAUGUUUAUUGAGUUUCAAUAUUGUAUGGGAUAUAUUAUUUUUUAAAUAUUAAUUACAGUAAGUUAAUUAAUAAUGUAAUUUUUGAGUUUUAUUUUGAAUAUUACUUUAUAUAAUCAAGUUAAGUCUGAUUUUUUAAUCUUAUAAAAUUUCUGAUCCACUUAAUUUAAAGCUUCAAAUUGUGAGUUUAGUACAUUAUUCUCUGAGUUGGAAGUGAAGACUAGUUCAUUAUUAUUUGAGUUGGAACUGAGGUUUAAUUCAUUAUUUUUUUAGUUGGAAGUGAGGUUUAGUUCAUUAUUAUUUGAGUUGGAACUGAGGUUUAGUUCAUUAUUCUUUGAAGUGGAAUGGAACAUUCCUAAAUAUUUUUUAAUGAAAAAUUUUAAUGUUAUAAUUUAUUGUUAUCUUGACCAGAGUGUCCUGUCUGCUGGUGUUCCUGGUCUUGUUAAAGGACUGCGUGAUAUGCAUGAGAAACAUGGUCGGUAAGGAAAUAUUUUUUUUCUGUGACCGACACUUACCGCAGCAUCAGUAAGAAGAGCAAUACACAUAGGCCCAGCCUCUGAUUAACAACUAGGUUGACAAGACUUCAUUUUAGAAUUAGCUUCUUAAGAUUAUAAAUAAACUUAAUAUCGGAACAUGAUGAAUGUUAUUAUUUUAACUGUGAGUUCGGCGUUCAAAAUUGUAUUUUUUACUCUAAAUACAGACUCUGGGUAAAUGCAAAUAUGAAAUUUUGGAUGUUAUAAGAUAUUAAUUAACUUUUUGAUCCAUUCUUGCAAUCUGUUCAUAGCUUUUCAUUUGAAAUAUUUAAAACUAACAUGUUUUGAAAGAUUUAAACAAAAGGAAUUAAAAUUGUUUAUUCAUUAAUUUUUAAUUCUCGAUUGAAAUUACUAUUUAAAAUGUUUCCUCUUUAAAAAAUGUUUCUUAAAAUUCUUUUUUAUUGUAAUUAUUUUUCACGAACAUUUAUCUGAUUUCUUCUCUUAUGGUCUCUCAUAAAUUCAUAGGCUCCAGUGGCCAGAUCUUAUUCAGCCAGCUAUAAAGCUUGCCAGUGGCGGGUUUCUCGUUUCUGAAGAACUUGGUAAUUAUUUAUUACAUCUACUUUAAUUCAAAAUAAAAGAGAUUUCUAGAUAAGAGAAAUUAUAUUAUCAUGUGUACGUUGAUGUCAGUCCAAUUUUUAUGCUCCAGAAAAAAGUCAUGUCCAUGUCUUCCCCUUCUUUGUGUGUCUUUACACAUACUAUGAGUUUACAAAUUAAAUAAAUUCUUAAAAAUACAACAUUUGAAUGUAAAGUUAAAUAAAAUUGUUAAUUAUAACUAACAGCUACAUUUACUUUAUCUUGUCAUAUAUUUAAUUUAUGAUAAUAUUGAGAUGACAAAAAAGAAAAAGACAGCAUUUUAAGAAACUUAAGAAAAUGUCUUCUAUUUCAUGUAUUUUAUUUUUGUACUGUAGCAAGACUUUUAGGUGAAAAUGGUCAAUUUGUUGAUCCAUCUUUGAGAGAGCUUUUCAUGGAUGGAGGUAACCCUAAGGUUUUGAAUGAUACCAUUGUGUGGACAUCCUUAGCGUCAACACUCAGGAGUAUUGCUCAAGAUUCAGACAGUUUGUACAGCGGGUCUCUUAUGGAAAGUGUUAAUGAAGAGGUGAGAAGAAUAUAUAUAAAUCUCAAAAUUGAAUUUAUGACUUUUACUUACAUCAGAGAUAAGCCCAAUUUGAUAAUACAGGGUUGUAGCCAAUCAAUUUACCUAUGUCAGAGGUAACCCAAUUUGAUUUUACUGAGUUGCAGCAGAUCAGAUAUGUUUUUUCGUUUCACCCACUAUAUGAUGUAUGGCAUACAUCUUCUAGACUGUGAUGAUGUGCCAAGACUUGGCAAUUGCCCAAAUGAUCAUUUUCAAAAGCCUGUAGAACAUUAGAAUCACCUUAUCUGUGAAGUUUACAAAUGUAGUGGAAAUUUGUGGUGAAAAAUCUUAUUACUGAUAACAGAAAUUUUAGUGCCAGACUUUACAGUGGUACAGACCGUCUCUUUUAUUUCUCUGUAUUUCACUUUAAAAUGUUGCAAUCUUGCAUGCUGGCGAUUAUUUUUCAAAGCAAACUUACAACGUAAUUAUUUUUUGAGAUAAAUUGCUUCAACUUGCAUGAUUCUGUUUUUUUUUUUUUUUUUUUUUUUUUUAAAUUUUUUUUUUUUUUGGUUUUUGUUUUUUUUUUUUUUUUUUUUUUUCUUUUUAAAAUUCAUUUUUUUCAUGGUCAUAGUAUGUUUUAUUCAGAGCAAGGUUUGUAUUGAGAUCGUGGAAAAUAAAUCUCUCCCUCAUCAGCCGAAUGAAGGAAUUAACUAUUUAGAAAAUGAUGUAAAAUUAUGGGAAUAAAAAAAAACUGUUAUACUGUUAACAAACAGACCAUCUUUUAAAUUUUAUGCUAUCAAAACUGUCAUCAUUCAAACAAAAAAUAUCCUUUGCUGAUUAAAGACAUGCUUACCAGUACACAUUUUAAAAUAUUUCUUUUGGACCUUCAGUAUUAAAAAAUGGGUUUUAAACGAAAAUGAAAUACAAAUUACAUCGUAAAAAGUGAGAAUUAAAAGAAAUUAAAAAGUGAAAAUUAAAAAAUUAGUUACUGUGUCUUAUUGUAAACAUGCAGUUGCUUGUUAGAAGAACAAUACAUAACAAAGGACUCAAACCAGUGUAAUAAUAAAACAAUACCAAAGCAAGUGAAGUUGACAAUAACUAUCUUAUUCACACUAAUAAUUCUGAUAAAUAACUACAAAAAUUCCAUGUACAGAAAUGAGGAAAGGAAAAAUAUAUAUCAACUUACAGCACUUGAAAUGUCUAGCAAAAAAAUGUGGAAAUAGUAAUCAACACACAAGCACAGUGAAAAUAUUAAUCCACACAAGUAAUAAGGAUGGUGAUGAUAUUUAUCCAUACACACAAUGGUAAGUAAUCACAGGCUAUGUCUCUCACUCAAGCCUUGCUAAAGUCUUUCUGAACCACAUUGGACCGUCUUACUCAUAGUUGGGGAAAUAAGCUUCUAGAAAAGGAAUCUUAUAUAGAAAGACACAUGGCAUGUGUGAGCAAAAAUUCUUUCACAACGAGAUACGCAUGUGGCAGGUAAGAGUUUUGCAUGCGAGAGCCCUGCAUCUCAACAACAAUGUUCACAUUCAGCAACACGUUAUAUCUUUCAUAACCAAGGACAUGAAAAUUGUGCAUCUAAAUUAACAAGUUUCAUAAGCAAGCAGGGUGGCUAAAAACGUCACAAAACAUAAGAGGCGUUAGACCCAAGCUGUAAUAUGGAGAAAUAGGAAAUUUCUCAAAGAAUAUAUGGAUUCAAUUAUUUAAAGUUUCUAACGUGACUGUCAAGUGACACAGAAAUUAUGCCAUCACAAUAUGCUUCCUGGGUUUCUCUUCUGAUUUUUUUAAAACAGCGAAAGCUUGUGUUGAGGGUAUCAUUGAAUAUCUUUUGUUAUUUUAUUGUCAACAGAUAUCUCGCGUGGGUGGUGUGCUUUCUGAGGAAGAUUUGAGAAACUACACAGUGCUGACACCUGCUGUGCUUGAGACCAAAUUUAAAGGUAGGUGGACUAGAAACUACACAGUGCUGACACCUGCUGUGCUUGAGACCAAAUUUAAAGGUAGUUUCCCUGUAAGCUUUGGUGUACCAAAUAGAUUUAUUUUAAUUUAGAAUUAGAAGAUUAAGAUGAACGUAUAAUCCUGAGUUUAUGAAAGUUGUCACUGUCACUAUUUACGAAUUGAAUCAUUAUUAAAAUUAUGAAAAUUAAUUUCUGCACGAAAAAAUAACUUGUCUUUAGUGGUUACAUAAUCUUCUCAAAUUAAAACUACUAGAAAGUCAUAUUUAUUAUUAAUUUUUUUUUUCUUCCUUAAGAACUCACAGUAGUGACUUUAGCGCCCCCUGCUGGUGGGGCCCUUGUUGCUCUUAUUUUGAAAAUGGCUGACAAGAUUGGCUGGAAAGACAAUCAGGCCAAUGUCAGCCUGACCUAUCACCAGCUCAUAGAGGUAUUGAAGCACUGAGUCGAUUUAAUAAUGAAAUGCAAUGUCAUGCUUUCUUUGAGUUUAAAUUUUUUAGAGAAAUGUCUUUCAUCUACAACAGGGAUCCCAAAACUUUUCAGCCUGAGGGCCCCAUUAACAAUCAAACAGCAGUUUGGGGGCUGACUACACACUCAAGGUCCAAAUAAAAAAGAAUCAAAACAUGGGCGUUGUUUUUAAUUAUUUAUCUAAGAUUAUUUUAUUCAGUUAUUAUUUAAUAACACAUUGAUACACUACAAAUGAACACCUGUAUUAGUGCCUUUAAAAGCGGCGGCCAAUCUUGGUAGAUACUUGUAAAUUUCCGGGGAUUUUUUCGUAGAAAAAAAGGUCUCCAUGGGCUGGAUGAGAGGGGGUGGCGGGCUGGCGGGCCGCAUCUGGCCAUCGGGCCAUAAGAGACCGUAGUUUGGAGACCCCUGAUCUACAACAAAGGUUCUACAAUUAUAUUUGCACCAGUAUCUUUUGUGUUUUUUUGUAUUAAAUAAACAAGUCGUGCAAUUAUUUUUACAUACAGAUCUACAAGUUUGUGUACGCUCACAGAGCUCUCCUGGGUGACCCUCUGUUCAAUGACGGCAUGGAGAAACUCACCGAAGCCAUUCUAAGUGAUGAAUUUGUGGCAGAGUUGACUGGAAUGAUAAAUGAUAACCAAACCUAUCCUGACCCAAAACAUUAUGGUCCAUUCAGUCCUGGCAAGAGUUCUGGCACAUCCCACCUGUCAGUCAUUGACUCGUCUGAGCUGAUGGUGUCAGCAACAAUGUAAGGAACAAAGCUAAUCUUGACCUUACCUAAUUGACUUCACUUCAAUAUUUGACCACAAUGGAUGACAUAUCUUCUUGACCUCUUAAUUAAAAUUUUAUCUCUUUCACCUAAUCAAUUUUUUGUUGUGCUUGUUUUAAAGAUUAUUGUUUUGUUUUGAUUUUCUGCUUAAAUGUUUACCAAUUUGAGAUUUAGUUACAUCCUUGCAAACCUUCAAUAAUAAGACAUCCACAUUGUAAUUCAUGCUGUCUUUCCCUUCUUCAGAAGUAUGAACUCAAACUUUGGAAGCAAAAUUUACUUGAAAAAUACAGGCAUCUUGUUGAACAAUGUGCUGACUGACUUUGAUCUGACAAACCUGACUGCAGCUGUAAGAGAGUGUUUACUUUGUUCUGUCUUUUUUCAAUAUAGAGAUAUUUGAAAACUCUUAAUAGGCUGAGUUUGUUUCUAUAUUUAGACUGAAAUCACUUCAUGUCAAUGGAAAAAGAAAAUUGCUUCCAGAAAAUAACCAAUAACUUCAAAACUUGUAGACAUAGACUAACUUAUAGCCAUAGAAUAACUUAUAGCCAUAGACUAACUUAUUGCCAUAGACUAAUUUAUAGCCAUAUACCAGCUUAAAAGCCAUCUACUCACUUAUAGCCAUAGAAUCGAUUUUGGUAUCAAUAGCUAUAAAACAUUCUAUGUUCCUCUAAAAAUACAUGUAUCAGCAAAUCCCUUUCAUUAUUAACUCAUCAAAUAUAUUUAUUGAAACACCCCCUCAGUAGCUCAUAAUUGUGUUCCUCUGAAAGCAGCAGUUUAGUAUAAACUCAGGGUAAUAAGGGCAGAGACUGCAAUCAGGUUAGCACAAUAGGAAAUUAGUAGACAAAGUAAGGUUAAACCUGAAAAAAGGAACGCAACAAAACAACAAACGUGUCCCAAAAUUUAAAAAAUAGCACUUAGCUGAGAAGUAGUAUCCAAGAGAGCAGCACACAAAAAAAUAAAAAAUUAAUAAAACAUUAUUUUUUUGAGAAAGUUUUGAAAAAGACUUAAAUUGGUGCAGAGUAUGCUAAUUGUUUUAUCUUCGGUCCAUAAAAAAUUAAGAAAACAAAAUUUGAAGACCUUAUUAGCUUUGUUAAAUUCUAAAUGAAUUAAAGCUCAAAUUUGAUGAGAGUCUUUUAAAGUUAAUGUACUUAAAUUUAAAGCUAAUACACAGUUAAAGAUUCUCAUACGGAAAGAAACAAUUUGGCCAUCUUAAUUUGGCCAUCUCAUUUCUGUUUACAUUGUGUUUUUUUUUUUUAAAAUGUUUGACAUUUUGUUGUCUAUAAUCUAACCAAAAGUAUUCCAACAAUGUUCUCGCAGAAUGGCUUUGCCAGUAACAAACAACCCCAGUCAAGCAUGAGUCCUUCAGUGCUGUACAAUGCUGAACACCCCUGUAACCACAGGCUCAUCAUCGGGGGAUCAGGGGGGAUGAAGAUCACCACAGGUAAUUCAAGUCAUCCAAAUCAGGAAUGAGUAGAGCUAGGUAUUGGGCAGCCUGAAUCGAAAGACAUGACAAUAAGGGAAGAAUGUUUUGUCUAAGAGCCUUCCUCUGCAGACGGACAAAUGAAAAUACGACAGGACAUAAAAACUAAUUAAAAAACUAAAAUGUUUGCCAUUGUUAUUGCUGGAAGUUGGAUUUUCCAAAACCAAGAUGACAGGAAGUAGAAGAAAGAAUGUACUAUUACUUUGAAAAAUAAGAUCUUAACAAACAAAAAUAUUUUUGAGAUACGUAUAAUAGAAGAAAAGAAACAAAAUAUUUUUUUGUCCAGUCUUUCUUUUACAAGCUUCCACAUACCUUGUUCUACCAUUUCCUUCACACAGCUUGAACUCAGUCCUUCAUUUAUUAUCACACAAAUCACAAUGUGAGCAACUUAAAAAUGGAUCAUGGUUGGGGAAUCUGUUGGGGAUGAAGAUCACUACAGGUAACUCGAGUCACACAAAUCAGCCAAUAAGUACCCUGUAACUACAGACUUAUCAUGGGGGGGGGGGGGGGAAAUGAAAAUCACUUCAGGUAACCUUAAUCACACUAAACACUGUACGUGACCCACAAGGAACCACUUUCAGAAUUUGAUCCUUUUGUGUUCUUUUAUUUUUAUAUCAAGUGUGAGGACGUCAUGAAAUCAUUCAUUAACAUUAUGCAGUUUUUUCAUACACAUUCAUUAAGUAUAAGCAGCUUACAAUACAUAAAAUGUAUAAGUCAUGCAGUUCACUAUACAUCUAAUGUAUUAACUCGUGCAUUUCACUGUACAUAUAAUGUAUGAACUCGUGCAGUUCACUUUACAUAUAAUGUAUUAAUUCAUGAAGUUCACUUUACAUCUAAUGUAUGAACUCGUGCAGUUCACUUUACAUAUAAUGUAUUAACUCAUUCAGUUCACUGUACAUGUAAUUUAUAAUCAUUCAUUACUUUUAUGGUAUUUAAUCUGCCUCCCCUGGUUGACUCCCUAAUCAAAUUUUUACUGUACCAUCCCGCCUUAUCCAGGUGUUUCUGAGUCCAUCAUCAAUGCUGUGGUCUUUAAACAAAAUAUAUCCAGUGCCAUCUGCUCACCAAGGGUUCACAAUGAGCUUGUGUCAAACACUUUAUAUGAAGGUAAGAUUUGAGUGGUGAUGGGUGUCCCCUACAGGAUAAUAAUUUAAAGUCAUCCAUGAUCAAAUUUAAUGAUCCUGAACAUUUAAAUUAUGUAUUGAUCAAUGUCCUAUUAAAUUCUGGGUAUAUUUCAGAUCUUUUUACUCUUAAGAUUUUGGGGUACAAUGUACGAUUCUGAGUUGUCUUUUGUGAUUUUUGACCGAAACCCAUCAGAACUAUGAUUUUAAGAGACCGGUUGAAAAUCUAUACCUUCCGGUAGUUUUUUUCCAUUUAAAAUUUUUAUUAUUUUUAAAAAUUAAUUAAAGAGUACAUUUUCUGUUGUUCGUUUUAAAUUGCAUUCUACGUCCAGCAGUGAAUGGAUAGAGAAAUACUAUUGAUGUGGACCAUCUAUAAUUAUUUUAUGUUUUACUUGAGAGGCAAAAGAGUGGUGUUGAUUUAGGAGAUUGUGUGUGUAGGGAUGGGUCUAAAUAUUUGAUUUAUAAAAUUAACACCACCACAUUUUCAUAAUGAUUAAGGGGGAGUAGUUCGAUGGCAGAAAGUACUUGUUGUUGUUGUUGAGCCUUCUCGUCCAUGAGGGGCAUCCACCGAUCAUCGUCGGCGUCUGCGGUUCCUCCAAGGGCAUAGGCCACCUACGAGAGACCUCCAGGCAUCUCUAUCCUGGGCCAGCUUCUCCAGGCUCUUCCAUUCAUGGCCAAUUUUCUUGAUGUCUGUCUCCAAUUCUCGGCGCCAAGUGUUUCUUGGAGGGCCUCUUUUCCGCUUACCCUGUGGGUUCCAUUUCAGGGCUUGCUUUGUUGUGUUAGAAGCAGGUUUUCUUAGUGUAUGACCAAUCCACCUCCACAGCUUCUGGAGAAUCUCUUCCUCAAUGGGCUUCUGUUUUGUCCGCUGCCACAGUUCCUGGUUGCUGAUUUUGUCUGGCCAGUGAAUUCUGAGAAUCCUUCUUAGACAGUUGUUGAUGAAGGACUGGAUUCUGGUCAGGUUUACGGCCGUUGUUCUCCAUGUCUCGGCUCCAUAUAGCAGCACAGGUUUUACCAUAGCGUUAAAAAUCCUUACUUUUAACUUGCUGCCUAAGUUGUUAGAGACCCAAACAUUCUUGAGUUGUUGGAAGGCUGCUCUUGCUUUUCCUAUCCUUAUUUUGACGUCCGCAUCUGUACCACCUUGUUUAUCUACCAUGCUGCCAAGGUAAACAAAACUGUCCACCUCCUCAAGGGCUUCUCCUUCAAGCAUAAUGGGUGAUGUACUGGUGGCAUUAACCUUGAGGAUUUUACUCUUCCCUUUGUGAAUGUUGAGACCCAUGCUAGCAGAAGUGGCUGCGACAAUGUUUGUUUUCUCCUGCAUCUGUUGUUGGGUAUGUGCAAGAAGUGCAAGAUCAUCAGCAAAGUCAAGAUCAUCCAGUUGAUCCCACAAGGUCCAUUGGAUGCCAUUUCUUUUCUGCUGUGUAGAUGUUUUCAUCACCCAGUCAAUGGCUAACAGGAAGAGGAAUGGUGACAGCAAGCAACCUUGUCUCACACCAGUCUUCACCUGGAAAGCAUCUGUCAACUGCUGGCCAUGGAUAACUCGGCAGUUUAUCCCUUCGUACAUGUUUCUGAUUAUAUCAGUAAUCUUCUGUGGCACCCCGUAAUGCCUUAGCAAUCUCCACAGGGUUUGCCUGUCAACACUGUCGAAGGCUUUUUCAUAGUCAACAAAGUUGACAUAGAGCGGCGAGUUCCACUCUAGUGACUGCUCUAGAAUGAUGCGCAGUGUCGCUAUCUGGUCCGUGCAGGAUCUGUUGGUGCGAAAGCCGGCUUGUUCGUCCCGCAACAGAGGGUCUACAGCGUUUUUCAUCCUGUUAAGUAGUACACGGUUGAAAACCUUUCCUGGGAUGGACAGCAGGGUGAUCCCUCUGUAGUUCGAGCAGGAGCUUAAGUCUCCCUUCUUUGGGAUCUUGAUAAGGUAUCCCUCUUUCCAAUCGGAAGGAACUUGCUCCUCUUCCCAUAUCUUCAUAAACAGAGGGUGUAGCAUUUCCACACUGGUUUCCAGGUCCGCCUUCAGUGCCUCUGCUGGGAUGCCAUCAGGUCCCGCAGCCUUUCCAUUUCUGAGUUGUUUAAUGGCCCUGCUAAUCUCUUCUUUGGUGGGACUAUUACAGUCAAUUAGCAGGUCAUUAUCGGCUGGUUGGAUAUCUGGUGGAUUUCUUGGUUCAGGCCUGUUCAGGAGCUCUUCAAAGUGUUCCUUCCAUCUCCCUCUCUGUUGCUCCUCACUUGGUAUGGUGUUUCCCAUUUUGUCCUUCACUGGUCUCUCUACCUUGCUAAAUUUCCCUGACAGCGUCUUAAUGGUAUCAAACAGUUCCCUCAUGUUCCCCUGGUGAGCUGCAUCCUCUGCUUCUUUAGCAAGUUUAUCAACAAAUUCCUUCUUGUCCCUCUUGAUGCUUUUCUUAACUUCCUUAUUUGCAUCUGCAUACUCCUUCUGGGACUUGUUUUUCUGUGCUCGGGUGCGGCUGUUAUUCACUUCUGAUUUCUUUCUUUUCCUUUCUUCUAUUUUAUUCAGCGUACCUGCUGUCAUCCAUUCUUUGUGUGCCUUUUUCCUGUUUCCUAGCACUUCUUGACAUGUUGACUGGACUGUUUCUUUCAUGCUUUGCCACUUUCCUUCGGUGGUUUCAUCUUCAAGUAUUUCUUGUAGGACUUGGAACUUAUUGAAUAGUGAGAUUCUGAAUUCUUCCUUUUUGGCUUGGUCCUUCAGGAGGGAGGUAUUAUACCGAGUCCUGUAUGCUGUUUGCUCGGUAUAAUGUCUCUUUAGUUUUAAUUUCAUCCUGGCCACAAGAAGAUGAUGAUCUGAGGCAAUAUCAGCUCCCCUCUUAACACGUACGUCUUGGAGAGAUCGCCUGAAUUUUUUACAAAUACAUACAUGGUCUAUUUGGUUCAUCGUUCUCAUGUCCGGAGAGACCCAUGUAGCUUUGUGAAUCCUCUUGUGCUGGAAAAUGCUCCCCCCUAUGACCAGGUCAGCUGUGGCACAUAGGUCCGCAAACCUCUCACCAUUGUCGUUCAUCUCGCCUAUCCCUUGCUGUCCCAUAACCUCUUCGUACCCUGUGUUGCUAUUGCCGAUCUUGGCAUUAAAGUCUCCCAUGAGGAUGACGAUGUUCCUCCGUGGGCGAUCCUGGACUAUGGUCAUUACUCUAUUGUAGAAUUCUUCUUUGUCUCCUUCAUCACUUUCAUUAGUUGGUGCGUAGCAUUGUAUAACAUCUAGGUUGAUGCUACGUUUCUUUGUUCGAAAGGUUGCUAAAAGAAUUCUAGGUCCAUGGGCCUCCCAUCCAAUGAGUGCUCCUUGUGCUGCCCUUGAUAGCAUCAUAGCAACACCCAGGGUAUGUGGGGCAUUGUCUUCUUCGUGUCCCGAAAAUAUCACCAUCUCUCCUGAGAUUAAUCUCUUCUGUCCCCAUCCAGUCCAUCUUGCUUCACUAAUUCCGAGAAUGGUGAGCUUAUAGCUCCUCAUCUCAGCGGCUAUUUGUGCCGCUUUACCAGCCUCGUACAUGGUGCGGACAUUCCAAGCGCCAAUGACGGUGGUAGUCCUGGUAGAGAUGAUGGUUGUCGGCUUAAUAGCUUCCAGAUUUCGGCUUUCACUAUUAGGCGUCAUAUUUUCCUCCUCAAGGAAUCCAUCCUCUCCCAGGACUGAAAUGUCUUUUGUUACUCUUUUCGGUGCUUUUGUAACUAUGAUUUUUUACAUGGCAGGGUUGUUGGCCUUGCGCACAACCACUUGGGGGGUUGCCCCUCACAGCUCAAUGGGUAGCUGCCUUUGUUAGGGUUAGGUCCCUAGCCUUUGUGGAUCCCUCCACUUCCUACAAGGCAGUAGGGCUGAUUUUGGUCCACCCCGGGUAUUUUAUUUCCCCGGUACCCUCCAUAUCUGGCGGGCUUUCCCCUAUUCGCCGGCUGGGGAGGCGCUCGAUAGAAGAUCAGCAUCUCCCACGAGCGAAAGUACUUACAUUUUUUAAAAAUUCUACAAUAAUCUUUGUGAAUAUAAGAAAGUCCAAAAAUAGCAUAUUUAUAUCUCGAAUGCUGUAAAAAUAUCACCCAAUAAUUUGUAGUUUCAUAGGAAUUAUCAUCAUGAUGUGGCCAUGUAUUUUCGCAAAUGAACUCGCUAGCUAUACGCAGAUAGUACUCAGUAGUAGAGAUAUUACUGUAAUAUAUAGUAACCAGGUGUUUAACUUGCAUGUAAUGCAUAUUGUAUGCAUGUGAAAUUCUAACAAGUACACUUUCCAAAUAGCAAAUACAUAAACAAAAUAAAAUAAAGGAUUGGGUAAAAAUAAAUAUUACAUGUAUGUAGUUCAUGAAGCGCCAUCUAGUAACUUCUAACAGUAGCUACUCAAGUGGGUUACUGUUUGAACCAUGACUGAAAGUUGUCACCCUUGAUUAAAAGUGGAAUCAAAAAUUCUGAAAAUUUUUCAAUUUUUCACAACGUCCCUGUGGGGAAGCCGCAACAACCUAUCUAAAAAAUGUGCAACACCCCUUCCUCCCCCACCCACCUGGGUGGACCAGUAAAAAGACAAUUUAUUGCGCCCCUUGUCUUUAAGAAGUACAUAGGAUAUUAUGGUUAAAUUCACUAAUGAUAUUAUGCACCUUUCUAAAGACGAUUUUGGCACCUGUCACUCUUUGCCCCAUUGUCAUGGCCCUGCCUGAAGGCAAGGAGCACCCAGGUCUAUGCGGCAUAAAUUCUGGGAACCACUGGCCUCGCCAGUGGUAAAAACCUGUGUCACAUUUUCUUUACUGUAACAUCAUAAACAUAUAAAGAUUAUUGGAUUUUUUUUUUGGGUGGGGGGUUGAAAGCUCAUUGUAACUUACACAAGGUGGGGGUUGACAACAAAAUUAUGUUUGCAAAUAGGGGGGAGAGGGUUAGAAAAUUUAAACUUAAUUGAUAUCUUUAGCAGAUACACGUCUACACAACAAAGUGACCGCAGUUUGCAGUUAACGUCAGUCAUCUACUUUUUACCAUCAGUUCCCUUUUUUGAUGCCAGCUUAACUGGAUUCCAGUGGACACGCGAUGAGAGUAGUUAUUAUAUGCAUAAUGUAUACUUUAUGCUCAUUUAUUAUUAAGAUACCAUAGUGUAAGAUUUUGAGAGGAUGUUGUACUGUUUUGAGUUUGAGGGUCUGAUAUUUAACUAAGACUGUAGUUAAGUUCAUUAGUAUUCUCUUUUUGUUUAGAAGGUUUUGGCAUAUACUUACAAUACCAUGCUUUUCCCUUUGUUUCAGAGGGCAUCAGUAAUGAGAUUUUAGAUGACCUGAGAGCAAAAGGCAACACAAUGGAGCUCCUCCCAGUGUCCAGUUCGUCCAUGGUGACUGGCAUAGAAAAAAGCAAUGAUGAGAUUAGAGCAUAUGCUGACUACCGCAAGUUUGGCGGUGUAGCGGUAUAUUGAUGCUUAUCUAACCUCUUGCCUGAUCUCAAUGAACUGUGUAUAUUUAUAUAUAGCGGUAUUUAGCUAGUCUGUGAACUUCAU